AUGCACGUUCUUUUACGUCGCCCUUGUGGUUCGCCACUGUCUGUUAUUUGCCCGAGCCAGAGCUCUGUUCAUGACCUCAAAAGUCGUAUAGAGGCCUCUGAGGGUAUACCUUUGUCCCUUCAGUCUCUAUAUUACAACGGGUCAUAUCUUGCGGAUUCCGAGAAUCUUGAGGAUUAUUUUGACUCUGAUAUUGCUCAGGUUGACUUGAACGUCGAUCUUUUGGGUGGCGCAAAAAAGCGCAAGAAAAAGGUUUACACGACACCAAAGAAAGUUAAAAGGAAGCCGAAAAAGGUUAAGCUUGCCACGCUCAAAUUUUACCAGGUUGAACCAAACGGUAAACUCACUCGGCUACGACGAGAGUGCCCAAACAAAGAGUGUGGUGCUGGUGUCUUUAUGGCCAGUCACUUUGAUCGGGAAUAUUGUGGCAAAUGCGGCCUCACAUAUAUGCAUGCAACAAAAUAA